AUCUUUUCAAUAAUACAUUUAAAAUACACGUAGGAUACGUGAAUCGAGUAUCACUAAAAUUGGUGUGAAACUUUUGUGUAUUGAACGUAAAAAAACAAAAAAUACGUAAUUUAAUUAAGGGUAAUGUUAGGGAGAUCAAAAUUUUUAAACUAAAUUUACAAACAAAAUAAUAUGGUUGUAAAUGAUUGAAUUAUUAAAUGUCGAUUAACGUACUUAUUUCUUAAUUGUGAUACAAGCACUUUAAUUUAAAAAAUUUGGUCUCCAACCGUACACUAAAAACUCAAUUUUAGGAAAAAUUGGAGUUUCCAAAAGUAGAUACUGGAAAUCAGAGCAACAGAGCGGGAAGUUAAGGAAAAGAAAAAAAAAAAAAAAACUAAUAAAAAAAUACCAUCACUCUCCACCACCUUCCUCCUCCUUUCUUGCGAAAUCUCACAAUCCACCAAUCCCCCAGAAAAUGGCUGAUAGUAGCGGCGUUGUCACCGUCUACGGCAAAGGCGCCAUAUACGAAACCACCAGCAAGUCUUCCCCGUUCUCCGUCAAAGUUGGCCUCGCCCAAAUGCUCCGCGGUGGCGUCAUCAUGGACGUCGUCAACCCUGCCCAGGCCCGUAUCGCCGAGGAGGCCGGUGCCUGCGCCGUCAUGGCCCUCGAGCGCGUCCCCUCCGAUAUCCGAUCACAGGGCGGUGUUGCUCGAAUGUCCGACCCCCAGCUCAUCAAGGAGAUCAAGCGCUCCGUCACCAUCCCCGUCAUGGCCAAAGCCCGCAUCGGCCAUUUUGUUGAGGCCCAAAUCCUCGAAGCCAUCGGCGUCGACUACGUCGACGAGAGCGAAGUCCUCACCCUCGCCGACGAGGAGCACCACAUCAACAAGCACAAUUUUCGAGUCCCGUUCGUCUGCGGAUGCCGGGAUCUCGGCGAGGCGCUCCGCCGGAUCCGCGAGGGCGCCGCAAUGAUCCGGACGAAGGGGGAAGCCGGCACCGGAAACAUAGUCGAAGCCGUUCGGCACGUCCGGCACGUGAUGGGGGACAUCAGGGCCUUGAGGAACAUGGACGACGACGAGGUGUUUGCGUACGCGAAGAGAAUCUCGGCGCCGUACGAUCUCAUGAUACAGACGAAGCAGGUCGGGAGGCUGCCAGUGGUGCAUUUUGCCGCCGGCGGCGUGGCGACUCCCGCAGACGCGGCGCUGAUGAUGCAGUUGGGGUGCGACGGGGUUUUCGUCGGGUCGGGUGUGUUCAAGAGCAGUGACCCGGCCCGGAGAGCCCGGGCGAUUGUGCAGGCUUCGACCCAUUACACUGACCCGGAUGUGCUGGCGGACAUCAGCUGCGGAUUGGGCGAGGCAAUGGCCGGGAUUAAUCUGAACGACGAGAAGGUCGAGAGGUUCGCAUUUCGGUCUCACUGAAACGGUGAGUUUUGAGUUUGGAGCCUUUUGGUGAUCCCCAAAGGGCUAAAAGCUUAAAGGUUUCAACUUUUAGAACCAUAUGAACAUUGCCCGUAUAUACCAUUUCUCAUAUAUUGAUUUCUUAGCUGUGGUAAAUUUAAAUUUCAUGGCUCAGCCGUAUUUAUUUCUGGAAUUUUUAUUUCUUCUUUCUCUUGUUAUUUUCGAAAUAAUGUUUCACAUGUAUAUAACGAAAGUAUAAUACAAUAUCGUGUACAUAUAUCGUGUUUGUAUCUCAAAAUUAUCAGUAACUAUGCUCGCGUCAUGUCA